UUAUGAUAAGUCCUCUUUCUGACAUGAUGUGUUUUUUGUCCUUUGUAUUAACCGGAACGGAUUUUGCAGAAUGUUUGAGCAAAGUAGUGUUUUGAGGUCAUUGUGAACGAUAAAGUGUCAGAAAUUAAUCCGUUAUCAACACGAGAUCGGUGUUACUUCCGCUAAACUGGCCUAAUGAGCGUGUUUCUCUCCGGAUUGAUCUUGUUUGAAGAAACUUAAAGAUCUGGAGUUUGCUUACAACAUGUCUCAAUCCACCCAGAACCAGAAUGGGCCGCCAGCGAAAAAACUUCCCAAGGGAUUUUCUAAUCCUGGACCUGCACCCCAGUUGACUUUUCCUGGAUCUUCCUCUCUUGCCCACUACCUGCCAGCUCAAAACGCAUCUGAAUCGGAUAAUAAUAAGUUGGUAGACCGUGUCAGGCGUGUGGAACAUCGGGGUAUGAACUGGAAGACUUACUUUGGUGAAAGAAAUGAAUUUCCUUCCUCCUCUGCAAGGCCGUCAACAUCCCGUGUAGCUCCUGAUUUUGGUGAUUUCUCCUUGGACUGGCUCCCCAUCUUCAAACCAAAUACCAACAACAUUCCACCAGAGUUUCCGUCCGGUUCUGACGGCAGCCUGGAGGUUUUGUCUGGUGAACAGAAAGACGACACGCCGUCCAUUCCAGGGUUAGGAGACGAUGAAAACCCAGUUCCAGGCAGAUUUGUUGUGUCGUCUGAGCUCAAUCAGCUAAAACAUACCAGAGAACCAGUCGCUGCGAUUCUUCAGAGCUUCGGCCUCGAAGACGGAUUGAAAAAACUCGACCCUCAUAUUUUGAAGCAGGUCAAUCCUGCAAAGCUGUCCCGCGUCUUGCAUCAGAUUUUUAGCAAGACGGAAAUAAAAGGAAAGUCUUCUGAACCCAAACCUAAACUAAGAAGUAUCCUGAAGUCAAGCAAAGUGAGGGACUCUAGCGAUGUGGGUGUAGAAAAGAAGAACAACGGUCGGGCUGUAGAUGAGUUACCACUAGAUAAAGAAAGUAUAUCGGUGUUAACCUCAGAGAAGACAUCUUUGGCUACAACAGCUGGUGACCCACCUGAGCGAUUAAAGGACGCAAUACCUGCCACACAUGACAUUAUUUCUAACAGUAACACUGAAAACAAACAGAAAAGAACUGAAAAGCAGAAGCCAAAAAAGAAGAAAAAAGCAAAAAAACGGAAAUCAGAACUGAAACUGGACGAGCGACGACAGAACAAGGCGGCGAAAAAGACCCAGAAAGGUUCGUCUGCCGAAGCGCCACUCGGCAAAAAGUGCAAAGCCGAGAUGUUGAUCUUAAGCAAACUGCCUUCGAUUGUCCGCGAGUGGGUGUUGAAGCAAAUGAAACUGUCGGAGGGCAAGCAGCCGACGCUGGCCAUGAUCGAAGACUAUAACGGCGUCACGCCGAGGUUGUUUCCCCACCGGUGCUCCCUCUGCGGCGUAACCUGUCAGACACCGGGGGGUUAUCAGAAGUAG